AUGGAUCUAGACUGGGAAGAUAUCAAGACUCUCUACUAUGAGGAUGUGACGUUGGUGAUACUCCCGAAUCCAGUGGCGAAGCGAGAUCUCCUUACCAUGGAGAUCACCCUAAAGUAUAUUAAAGGGUACCAGAAGAAGCCGAACCCGAAAACUUAA